CACGUCCCCACUUCUCUGGCGCCCGUGAGAGAUGUUGGGGGCGGGGCAGCGGAGCCCCGCGCCGGAGCAAAGCGGAGAGGGGGCCGGCGACGAUGAGGUCGUUGACUUGGAAGGGGACGCGGGGAGCCUCCCCGGCACAAUGUCUGAACAAGAGCGUAUACAGGAAUGCCUGAGGAAGGAAAUAAGGUCACUCCUCAUUUCCACCAAAGAUGGUUUGACCCCACAGCAGUUGGAAAAGGAGUACCUUUUGAUGGUUGGUAACCAUUUACCACUUCGAAUCCUUGGGUAUCGGUCCACCAUGGAGCUGGUGCUGGGUAUGCCUGAUGUUGUCAGUGUCUGCCCUUGUGGGGAUGGUACUGUAAUACUGAAAGCCAUUCCAGAUGAAUCCACCAAAGGAAUAGCAAGUUUAGUUGCAAAACAGAGGAGCAGCCAUAAGGUUCGAAACUCCAUGCAGAAGGGAAGGGCCAGUGUUUGCUCUGGGCCCAGCUCUCGCAGGCGGGUACCUUACCGAGGAAGAGUGCCGCCUAUUCUUCCAGCUGUUGUGAAGAGUGAGUUGAAAGACCUCUUGGCGUUAUCGCCUGUUCUCCUUUCUGAUUUUGAAAAGGCAUUUACCAAGCGAUUUGGACGAUCAUUCCAGUAUGUUCAGUAUGGCUUCCUCUCUAUGUUUGAAGUGCUGAAUGCUGCUUCAGAUGUCAUUUCUGUAGAACAGACCAGAGCAGGUUCCUUGUUGAUGCUGAAGAAGAGCAUAUCAGAAGAAAAGCAGAGAGGAUGGCCAGCAGGUAAAAUUGUUACCCAGCCUUUUGGAGUGAAGCAACAAGGGUUAUAUCCCACAGGUUCCCCAGUAGCAGAGGCAUGCUUUUCACAACCCACUUCAAACAUGGAACCACCGAAGCAAAUAUUGGACAUGGGAAAUACUUCUAGGUCAAAUGUAGUGGAGACUUCAAGGCUGAAUCACACUGAAAGAUUAAACGAGUUGGAGAACACCUUCAAAUCAGUUAUUGCACAAAUUGGACCUGGAGGGACUAUCAAUCCAGAACUAAAACAUAAGAUAAAAUUUGUUGUAUCCAGCUUUCCAGAGGGUUUGCUUAUUUCUAAACUUCUUGGAGAGUUUGAGGUAAUUUUUAAAGAGCAACUUUCACCACAAAAGCUGGGCUUUCUAAAUGUGACAGAGCUUGUUGGAGCUCUUAGUGACAUUCUCCAUGUUGAAUUCAGGGAAGAAGAACAAGACUUGCUGGUGUUUGAUGCUGAUAUGAAGCCUCUACCACCUGAUGGAACUGUGUCAUCAGUCAGAAAUUCAUGUUUAGUUCAGUCAGAUAAGAAAAUAGAAGCCAAAACUUGUGUGUCCAGUCCCCCUAGAAAUUCACUGUCUACUACUGUUAUCAAGGAAACCACAUGGGAUUGCCCUUCAAAAAACCAUAAAGCGUCAGAACAGAAGAUUUGCAAGAAGCCUAAUCUGGUGGUAAAGCCUUUACAGCUGCAAGUAGAAAUUAACAAAUCACAGCUCAACUUGGCAAUGGCAGAUCAUGAUAUCCCACCAGAUGCAGUACGGGACAAGAAAUUAUGCAGACUACCCCCAUUAGAUACCAGUACCCUCGUGGGGGUCUUUGUGGAGUAUAUCAUCUCUCCUAGUCAAUUCUACAUCCGAAUCUAUAGCAGGGAUUCAUCAGAGUUACUUGAAGACAUGAUGAUUGAAAUGCGGCGCUGUUAUUCUAAUCAGCUGGUUUCUGAUCGAUAUGCCAUGCCAGAGUAUUUUAUCCAACCAGGACAUCUCUGUUGUGUAAAGAUUUCUGAGGAUAAGUGGUGGUAUCGGGUCAUUAUCCAUCAAAUUCUUGGGAAGCAGGAAGUUGAAGUGUUCUACCCAGACUUUGGCAAUAUUGGAACUGUUCAGAAGUCUUCCCUCAGAUUCCUCAAGUGCUGCUACAUCAAGCUUCCAGCUCAGGCUAUUCCUUGUUCUUUGGCUUGGGUGAGACCAGUAGAGGAACACUGGACAUCCAGAGCUAUUUUGCAGUUCCAGAAGUUGUGUGGUUUGAAGCCAUUAGUGGGGGUAGUGGAUGAAUAUGUAGAUGGAAUCCUUAACAUUUUUUUGUGUGACACAUCCUCAAGUGAAGACAUCUACUUCCAUCACGUCUUGAGAACAGAGGGCCAUGCUAUUGUAUGCCGAGAAAACCUCCCUUCUAAGGGUUUCAGAGACCUCAACCCUUUAGCUUUAUACACUAAAUCCAGUGCAGGGCCAGAGGACAUUGUCCUGACAGAACUGGGUUAUCCUUCCCAGCAGCCCUAUUUUAAUGAAGAUCUAGAGCAAGAUGUUAAUGAUGGAAAGACUUUCAGUCAUCUUAAAUCCGUUACCUCAAAGGAGCCAUUAAAGGAUUCUGAGUUCAGUUCUUUGAAAACACAAGAUAAGAACUGUGAAGAAGAUCCAAAGUGGUCCAUCUCGGAGCUAAAGGAUCUGAAGGAAGAAAAUGAGGAUGAGAUCCCCACUGGAAUGCCAUGCCUGGAGUCAGUAACCAUAGGUGAUGAUAUAUGGGAUGAGAACUGGUUACCUUUGCAGGCUGAAAUGGGAAAAGGAAGUGAUGCUGCCUCCCACUUACUUACCUCAAGCCUUGGUGGAAAGAAACUAUAUUCAUCAUGUAAAGAAAUGCCACAGCAGGAUUGGUGUUUUUCUACACCCGAAGAUGUAUGGGAUGAUUCAUGGCAGCCUUCAGACCUUGUGAAUGGAAUGAAAGUAGACGUUCAAAACCCAGAAGGACCAGGUGCUCAAGAGAAAAAUAAUGGCACAACCAGGAUUCAAAAGCAACCAGACUUAAACAGUUCCUCAGACUCUCCUGCAUUGCCCAAAUUGGAGGAGUUCUACAUCUCCCUUAUCCAGUCACAGCAGUCAGCAGAAGGCGGCCAGUUUGAGCCUGGCAGCCCUGAGACUCCGCCGAAGCAAGUGCAGCUGUCCACAGCAGCACCCAGCGCAACUCCUGCAGUGGGCAGGUCCCCACAAAAACACUCUGGUUCAGUGGAAAGCUCUCCAGAGAGCCUAGAGAAUGAAGAUUUUUCUAGUAGCCAUGCUAUUACAGCGUUCAGAGAUAAGAGUCAGGGAGCCAUGGACCAGCUCUCUUUGAUUUUGUCUCCCGAGCACCAGAUUUCUCAGAAGCUCUACAUUCCUCGAAGCACAGCUACUGCUGCCUUAGGAGCUGCUGCGCGGCUAGCCACAUCCAGGAGCCUCCUACACUGGUACCCCAGUGUGAAAAGAACAGAAGCAUGAGGGAGGAAAAAAUAAACCAGAUGGUUAGGGUGUUGUGACGUCCCAGGCCAAAAGAAGAAGGAGGUGUUGAGACAAAAUAGUAUUUUCUUAGUUGAUGCCUUUGUCUUUCUGCGUGACUCUUUGUUAGCUUUGUUAUGCCAACAGUCCACUUUGUUGUGUAAGUAUUGAUGUUUAAUGUUAAUUUUCAUUGAUGAUGUUUCUUUUUCUAUAUAGUUUUGUUCACCUUUGUUCAAUGUAGUAGUUUAAAGAGGUUUUUUAGUUCUCUUGUUUCUGUAAAUGUUUUUCUUGUAUAUAUCAUGAUAAAUGUAAACUGAAAAGCUAAUGUUUUGUGAUCCAUAUUUAGUAAGACAAAAAUUCUCACAUCUCUAUCUCCAGAACAAGGAUGUCUGAAUAUUAAGGCUGCUUUUUCUCAUAUGAAAACUUCUAUAUCAUAGAGAGACUCUAGGGCUCCAAUCUUUACCAUCAUUAUUUCUUUGAAGUACAAGAAUCAGUAAGAAAAUCCACACCAUGAAGCUUUGGUCAUGUGAACCCUUUUACGUUUAAAAAAAUUAAGCUAUAUUUCAGUAUAGGCAAUUUUCUUGAAGACUAACCACAAAAUUAUAGAGACUGAUUGUUGAAACUUUGCUGAGCUAUCUCUGUAGUCAUCAUAGUUACCUGAAGCCUUUGUGUAACAGUAGUUAAACAGUAGUGUUGUUUAAGCAUUUAUGUAACCUGAUGUUCUCUCAAGUCCAAUUUUUUAUAUAACAUUCUGUUUAGCUCGUAGCUCGUAGUAUAAACCAUCAGGAGGAAAGACUAAAAGGUGAAAUUAAAGAAUGUGAGUGAUACAAGUUUCUUUGUGGUAAAAUACCAGACAUCCCCAAAUGUAAAAAAUCCAAUACAGAAACAUUUCUUAGUGGUGAAAUCAGAAAGAGGUGUGAAUUACUGACACGCGGACCUUGACUAGGUUUCACCCUCUGGCCCCUCUUUAAGGCCUUCUGGUUUGGCAUUAAAUGGCAGAGUUCCUUUCUUUCUUCUCUUAUACAAUAAGGAAUGUCUCCUCUUUCCUUCUCAGUUACUUAAUCAGCAAAAUGUCCACUGAGGAAGGGAGUGAGAUGAGAAUAAAUAUUAGAGUGCAUUUAAAUGUAGAAUAUUUACUGGUUGAAACUUCUUUCUUAGAAUGAAGUGAUCAUGAAACAAAGUUAAACCCACAGUCUCCAACUACUGAGUGUUUAGGUUUAAAAACCUCAGAGAAAACAUGUUAAAUGUUUUUUAAAUGUAAAAUUUAAAAAUCCAAAUUUACCAUUAAUUCCAAUAUGUCUAUAUGAAUGAUGGUAUACCAGUUGACCAAAAAAAAAAAAAAAAAGUAAUCUGGAAACAUCACUGAUAGUUGACUCAGAAAGAACAGGUUUCUCGUUUGGGUUUUUGUGAUUUUGUAUCAGACAACUUUAUUAGAGAAGACAGUUGAAGUGUUAUAUGGAGGGUCAAUGAACAGUUAAAUAGCACAUGACAGGUAAAUGUCAUAUGUGAUACUCAACUGUGAUAUGAACUGGAAAAGCUGUUUUUCAUAUAAGUUUAGGUAAUUAUCCACAAUUUGUUUCUAAAGAAGAAAAUUAAUUUGGAUGAUUCUUCUUAGAAUUCAUUCUUUAGAGAGGAAACCAAUUUUGAGUUAUGUUCUUCAUUUCUCCAGAGGGACAGUAUUGGGUUUCAGGCAGGGUGAUAGAAGCAGUAUUUGCAGUAUUUAGUAGGUCAAACUUUAACCCUCUCUGUAAUAACACAAAACUGCCAGCAGGAACUCUGCCAAUACUGGGUAACCUGACAGCGACUAAUUUUAUACUUUGCCAGUUAAAUGGGGAUUAUGGAAUCACUGUGCUAAUAAGGCUCUUUCAGAAUCCUUUCUAUUUGCAAAUGGCCAGAGAGAGAAUCAUUUAGACAGAGCCAUCUCAAACUAGUGAGUGUCAACACACUUUGACAGAAGCCUGUUUAGUAAUGAAUAAUUAAGAUCCUAUUUGAGUUAGCAGAGUGAAGAAUGUACCUUUGAGAGGCUUGUACAUUUUGACUACUUGACUUUGAUUAAGACAGCCAGUCUGCCAGUAUGUUUCCCUACCUUCUCCCAAAAAGUGGGCUUUGUUUGGUAGUUAACUGAAAUAGCUCAAAGCAUCAAACACAUUUAAUAGAUCAUUAGAAAAUGAGUAAAUAGGUUUCUGAUAUAGGGGCAGGAAUUAGCAAUAAGAAAUGUUCAAAAGAUAGGGAGAUGCUUGUGGUUUAGGGCUAAUUAUAUUUUAUUGUCAAAAGAUGGGUUGAUAUCUACGACACCUAGAAUGGCACCCCCCCCCCCAUAUUUUUGGUAUUAAGGAUCUGUUAGAAGUAGUGGCAGUCCCCAAGAAAUGUUGACUGGGAAGCGGGAGCCUGAAAUGUGUGUUGAGGGAAUGGGGGUGAGAACUCACAGGAGAAUCCUGGUUGUAAACUCCUUAGGGUUGGAAGAGAAAGUGGCUUUACUAUUAGCCACUCAGGUUUUAACUCCAGUGGAUGGUGCCAAUGCCUCUCUCCCAUCCAAAAACACACCAUGGGAUAUCAAAAGAGGGCCAUUCCAGCGGCACUGAGCCAUGCCUUGUUCCUCUCACUCUCACACCUUUGAGAUGCCAGUUGUCCAUUUCAAGGCAUGGGGAUAACUAGAGACUUCUGGCUGCAGUCAGGCUAUGUCUAACCUAAAGACUUAGAAUUGUAGAAUUUUGAUGUAGAAGCCCCCUCAGAUGACGAAAUAGGAAGCCUAGAAAGACUGACUUGUCUACGGUCACCAGCGUAAAUUCCCAAGUCUGGGAAAGGGCCCUUUCUACAGGAAAAUAUUGCAACACCAUCGUGUGUCAUGUAAAUGAUUUGAUGCCAGAAGACAUAGUUUGGUACAUAAGUCCAAAAGAAUGGUGGUUCUGAUAGGUCGCUGAGCAACCCCUAUUGUUGGCAGGGAGGAUUGAUUUACAAAGAUCUCACAUUCUUGAAUGUGUAUAGCUUAAGUAGCAGUGGGCCUGUUCUGCAGCUGAAGAAUCUGGACAGGGGCUGGGGGCAUCUCUGGGGGUGAGAAAUUAAGAUCUUACAGAGCCGUCUUCCUGAGGCUUCCUGUUGACAGUUAUAUUGGAUUGGCCAAAAAGUUCGUUCAGGUUUUCCCGUUAGAUCUUAUGGGAAGAAACCAAAUGAACUUUUUGGCCAACCCAAUACUAGGUAGCAAGGCCUUUCUAACAAACUUUUGGUAUGUGUUCAGAGUUAAAUUCAUCUUAUGUAUAUGGUGCGACAUUAUUCAUAAUUUUUCAGGAGCCAUCACUAAGACAUUUAAAAGAUUUCAUUUCCUAUAGCCCAUUCAGAUCCUGAUGUUUUCCAGGAUGCCAACCAAGGCGCCUAUCAACUAAAUUUGUCUGUGCUUUGAACUCAGCCCUAUUCCUAACAGUUAGGUGUCAUUUGUCUCAUUUAGUCAGUCACCAGUCAGCCUAGGAAGUUCUUGGUGUCAUUAGCCUUUUGGAACCAGAAUACUUUAAACUCUGCUAUUCUUAACCACGUAGAAAUUGUUUUAACUUCUCAGUUGAGGACUUCUCUAAUGUUAGAAUCAUCAUUGUGUGCCACUUUUCACAUGAAAUUGAGUGUUCGACCUACCCCAAAACUGAGUAGAGAACUUAUUCACAGCUAAAUUUUCUUGGUUAUAAGCAUAGAUUUCAGGAAAUGCUUUUAUCUUUCUGUUUGGUAUAAACUUCGUUGUAUAUUUCUGUUAAAGUUUUUAAAAAUGUUUUUUAAUUUAUGGAAAAAAUGGUUAUACAGGAAACAAUGUUUACUUGAUUAUUACUUCUUGGUGCAAUUUAGAUAAAUAAUUUGAUGAGGAAACCAAAAUAUUACUGUAUUUCUGCCCUUUUAAACUUCUGUUAUGGAACUAGUGGGAACUAACUGGGCUCAAAGAAUUAGGAUCAACCUGAUCUUUGGAGUUUGUAACAGUAUUUUGUUUAAAUAUUGAUGAAGUUGGAAUUUGUUUUGUCAAAAAUUUCUAGGUGUUUUUUUUUUUAAUAGUUUUUGUUGUGAUAAUUCUGCAAGGAUAAAAAUUUCACUUAAAUACGUGACCCAAAAAACUUAGUUGAGUAAAAUGUAAAAUUUCCUUGUAUAGUUGUGAAAACAAAGUUGUGACAUUCUUCUGGACUAAAAUGUUUGUCUUCAUUUUUGGCAUGACUUCUUUAUUCUUCAGGUACUUUGGCCUUUGUAAACCUUUGCUAUAUUGUAGAUAAAUACUUUUUUUCCAUGAAAUUGGAGAUUCAGUCACACUGGAGCCUUUUCUUAAGUACGCAGCCAUAUUUCAAAGAUUUGAUUUUUCUCUCGUUCAUAGCAGUGUAUCAAACCCUUCUAAGCCAUCUUCCAGUUUCUUAAAUUCUCUUUUGAGACUAUUCCACACACUGAAUUCCAAACCUAGUCCCAUCUUGCUAUGACUGUAACUCAGUGCUCUUUCAGUCACUUCCUUGAUUUCCUGGUUCCACAUUCAGAGUCUUUGCCUCAGUCACUCUUCUGCCUAGAGCAGAGUAUUUCCAGGUGGUUCUCAACUCCAUUUAGGUGAUGUUUGGUACAAACUCUUCCUUAAUCUGUCAUUCCACAGGACCACAGGUAGAAACCAAAGACUGAGCUCGGUUCAUUUCUUACUACAACAGAUGACUGCUUGGCAAAAGCAUCCUGUUACUGCAGUGUUGUUACUCAUAUAUUCUGAUGAAA